CUCAUCCCGCUGUGCAACAGGCAAAAAUGGUUCACCUUUCGUCAGUCGCCAAAGAAUCGCACGCUCAUCGCCACCGGCGCGAGAAGCGUGAAGCCCAGGCAUCGGAGGCGGCGCCCUAUGUCUAUGGGUCUCACUAUGCGGUCGAGGAGCUUCCCGAGCAUGCCAUGUCAGAGCAUGAGAUGCCGGCAAGUGUUGCGUACCGAAUGAUCAAGGACGAGCUGAGUCUUGAUGGCAACCCGCUGCUCAACCUGGCGAGCUUUGUCACCACCUACAUGGAAGACGAAGUUCAAACCCUCAUGUCUGACGCGAUGAGCAAGAACUUCAUCGAUUACGAGCAGUACCCGCAAUCCGCACACAUACAGAACCGCUGUGUCAACAUGAUCGCUGGUCUUCUCAAUGCACCGACGACAGGACAAGAGGGCUCGGAACAAGACGCCCUCGGCACCUCUACGGUUGGAUCGUCGGAAGCGAUCAUGCUCGCCAUGCUAGCGAUGAAGAAGCGAUGGCAGAACCAACGGAAAGCAGCCGGGAAGGACUGGUCGCGUCCAAACAUCAUCAUGAACAGUGCGGUACAGGUAUGCUGGGAGAAAGCCGCCCGGUAUUUCGAGGUCGAGGAGAAGUACGUCUACUGCACCGAGACACGAUACGUCAUCGACCCGGAGGCUGCCGUCGAGAUGGUGGAUGAAAACACGGUCGGCAUCUGCGCCAUCCUGGGCACCACCUACACGGGCCAGUAUGAGGAUAUCAAAGCCAUCAAUGAUCUGCUUGUAGCCAGAAAUAUCGAUUGUCCGAUCCAUGUAGAUGCUGCAAGUGGCGGGUUUGUCGCUCCCUUCGUGAGGCCAGAGUUGGAAUGGGACUUUCGAUUGGAGAAAGUGGUCUCGAUCAAUGUCUCAGGACAUAAAUAUGGAUUGGUAUAUCCUGGAGUCGGGUGGGUCUUCUGGCGUGCCCCGGAGUAUCUGCCCAAGGAGUUGAUCUUCAACAUCAACUAUCUUGGGGCCGAUCAAGCCAGCUUUACUUUAAAUUUCUCCAAGGGAGCCUCGCAUGUCAUUGGUCAAUACUACCAGUUGAUCCGAUUGGGGAAGCAGGGUUAUCGAUCCAUUAUGACCAACUUGACUCAGAUUGCCGACUACCUGGCCUCGGAGCUCGGAAAACUCGGCUUCAUCAUCAUGAGUGAGGGCAACGGUCGCGGACUCCCACUGGUGGCCUACCGAUUGCCCGAAGAGGAGGGACGUCUUUGGGAUGAGUUUUCUCUGGCUCACGUACUGCGUCGUCGAGGAUGGGUGAUUCCAGCUUACACGAUGGCACCCAACUGUAACCAGUUGAAGAUGAUGCGGAUCGUGCUGCGGGAGGAUUUCAGUCUACACCGCUGUAACCUGCUGGUUGAAGACAUUCGCCAGGCAAUGAAGUCGCUCGAGGAAAUGGAUGAGACGAUGGUAAACCGGUACAGCACGUAUAUUCAGACCCACGCGACUCGCGGGCCCCAGGGACAUCCAGUCUACAAGGAUGAGAAACAUUCACUCCAAGGGAAGACCGGGAAAACCCAUGCUGUUUGUUGAGUGGAUCAUUGGGCUCUGUUCGCUAAUUAAGCUUUGCGACCGGUGACAAGUCAGAGAGUGAUAUACUACAGCUUCGUAUUUGUCAUUAAGGAGUAAUGCAGUCCACAACAAGUUACCAG